AUGGCGUCUCAGAGUGCCGCAAGGCGGGGCGGAAGAAACCGUACGGCUACAGUUCCGGGAAAGAUGCCGACCGGAGCUGACAAGAAAGAUCAAGACCACGAUCACUGGCGUAAAAGGGAGGCGGUGUGGGCAGGCUGGGGUGAUCAGGAAGCUUAUGACAAAAAGAUGGCCGAGACGAAGGAGAAACGCGACGCUGCGCGUGAGGUGCACGAGGCCAACCAGAAGAAAAGACAGGCGGAGUUGGAGGCUGCUUCUUCAACACCACACGUAACCGAGAGGCAGGAGGAGGGUUCCGACGGAAACGGAGAGGGUGAUAUCGAGAUCUCAGACGGGGUGUACUACAAGCGUGCCGAGUUAAGGACCUUGCAGUAUUACUACGACAAGUCCUACGCGUUCGACCCGAAGAACAUCGGUGUGGUUCUCAGCGAGACGGGCGUCAAGAUCGAUAGCCGAAUCCACGCGGUGAAAUCAGUCGAUCACGGCAAAUACACGCUGGAAGGUCGGGAAUCCAGAAUUACCCAGUGGGAGCUUCUGGAAAACCGGUGCGAUGAGAGGGUGACACUGGACACCGAUCUUCGGCGGUUCAUCCUCCAUCUGGUGACAAAGUAUACGGUCAUGAUGGGUUCGGUUGUACCGGCUCUCAGCGGCGUGGUCACUGGGAUGCUCUGGAACCCGAACGAUGCCAUCGACAGAGCCAGUAGGAGUGGUGAUGACACAGAUCCGGAGAGAAAGAUGAAGAUUAGCGAGCUGAUGUCAAUCAAAGUGCGCGUGGAUACUCUGCGGGACUUGUCGCUGGCUGUCUUCACCAAAAUCCCCGUGGAAGCCACCCUCGGCGCAAACUUCUGGGACGCGGCCAAGUAUGGGCGGGUAGGCCUGCACUCGUUGGACACGACGUUCUUCAGCCACGCAAGGUUUAGCCCCCGUCUUCUCGAGCACGUGCUGGGUGCCGACAGCAGCCACGGUGCGGUGCAGAGGACCCUGGAUCACUGCCAUUCGUUCUUCCAGAACGCGAGGAAUCUGCGAAAACACGUGGCAGCUAAAACCAACGGCGGCGUCGGAGACGGGAUAAAACUCCGUAAACAGAGGGUGCCAUUGGUGGAGAACACACCGGAGGAGAGGGAGGAAACCAUGGACAUGUUUGUGGGGGCCAUGUCCGCCAACGGGUGCCAGCGCGUGAUGGAAGCCAUUGACAAAGUCGACCCCGGUUUCGUCGACUGGGGCCUGGACCGUCUCACGGAAGCGAAGAACGCUUCAACGCUUUUCGAAUUGGACGACAUCGGUGGAGAAGAGCACCUGCUCGGCAAAACGUCCGAGGGAGUCGCAGAGGGUGAGAAGAUGGUGGUGACGCUGUUGAAGGCGCUGGACGAGGAUGGCGUCGAUUCAAAAGAUUUCGUCCUCUUCAGCGUGGCUACGCAUCUGGCAAUGCUUUUCAACGGAGCCACCCUGCGCCCCCAGGAUUUCUUCGGACUGGUUGGUAAGACCACCUACUUCAAACCGAGCGUCGGAAGAAUGAUGAUCCGGCUCCCGGCAGAAGGGAAGCAGACAGAGUCCGCCGAAGAAUCUUUGUCGACAGUUUGCAUGGAACACGGCAUAGAGGGCGCAGAAGUUGUGCGGUGGUUGGCGGUGAUGGCACUGGUUGGGCGGCCGUUCCUCAAGAACGCCAACGGAGGGGAGCUAGACACAAGAUUCGGUCCGCUGGGAAUAGAUGGGAAGGCUCUCAGCCAAGGUGUAUUCGGCACAAUACUAGAGGAAACCGGGCUGGCGUUUUUCGGGCUGGACAACGUUGACGUCAACGCCCUUCGGACCGCCCAGGACACGCUGGCCGUCGAGCACGUCAUCGAGCUUGGAUUCACCCUGGACGCCAUGUGCCUCGAUGAACUAGCUUAA